AGUUGACAGCUCAAACACUUCCCAGCUGCGCUUUGAAGCAGAAGCAAUGCACGUGUCACUUCGCCGCAUAUGGGAGUCCAAUGCGCGUUUUUUGCUUGGCAGCGUUCUAUUGUUGGGCAUGAUCACUGUCAUUUUGCGGAUUGUGCGAAGAUGCGCGGCACCGAGAGGCGCUGCACUGCGCAACACAAGCUGGCGGGAUUUGUGCUUGCUUCGCGCAGAGCGGGUUUCACGGCUGCCUUUCCUGGCAAGUGCCUUUGAGACGAGCCGGUCGCAGUGGCUUGCCGAACAUAGGGCUGAUCCACGCUCAAGCUGCCAGCCUGGUGGCGGAGACGUGCCAAAGUUGCCAGCGGUGCUGCAGCUCCAACCCAUGCGCACACUAGAGGACUGGCAAGAACAUGAGGCGUUGGGCUUCGCUUGGGAAACUUUGGAUUUUUUAAACGCGAGUUUCUUUGACGGCCAGCUUGCAGUCGACGAAAUUCGACUUGUUCAGAGCCAGAGAGAGCUGGCAAAGAUUGCACGCAGAGUCCCCGACGACGAAGCUGAGGCAUCCGUUCGGGUGGACUUUUCCACUGAUUUCACCAGGGCUUGGUUGUGGAUCGAAUUCAACUGGACACACUGCCAUUUUUGGACAGCAUCAAGGCUGGCAUCUGUUCUGCUCCACGAGCUUGUGCACGUUUGGCACGAGUCCAAUUGGGCAAGGACUGAUCAACUUGUUACGGCACACUCCUCUGACUUCAUCAGGAAGUGUGCACAUUUGAAUGAAUUAUGCUGCAUACGUGAGUUGCCUUUUUUCCCCAACGUUUUCACGGAGUCCUGGACGACGCUAGUUGACAGCAGCCUCAUCAAGCUUCCCUUCGGCUCGCCUUUGUUCACCCGCCGCUGGGUCGCUUACUUGGAGACGGAAGGCCACUUUUCAGGCAGUCUGCUCGAGGAUCUUGGCCGCCUGGGAGUGAGCCAAAGAGACGUGAUGGUCAGUCUUGCAUGAGCCUUCCUCCUGUCAAUGAGAUGAUCAUAGACAUGCUGGUUUUUGUUGGGACUGGUCGCCAGGCAGCCAAGAUACAGCUAAAUGCUGGUCACGUCUACCAGGCUUUGCAACUUGGUUACGAUCAGUUGCAGAAAUGGCGACGCUUUUUGGGAAAGGCGCUCAUGACGCAACUGGCGGACGGGCUUUGUGCGCGUACCUUCUGGAUAAGAUCGGAUUAUGUUCUCAUUCAACAAGCAUUGCUGAGCGAGCUUGCAUGGCAACAUGGUUUGGAUGUCAACAUAUGCGACACGUUACUUUGGAGCAAAAA